GGAAGUGGUGGUAAAGUGCUCGCAGUAUAAACUUCAGUAGUGAAAUAAUGAAACCUCGUUGGUUUGGCAUCGUUAGUUAAUAAAAUUUAAGUCAAAACAAUUCAGCUGAGGAAGCAAGUACCUUUUUAAUUAACAUCAGUUUUGACUUUUACGGUAAUGCUAUUAAAUCAGGAGGAAGCUCGCUAGCCAGCGUGAUCAAGCCAGUCACUCAGUAAGCCAGUCAUGCCAGAUUUGGUGUGUCUGUGUGUAAUUGGCCUGCUGCUGAGUGUCCUGACAAUAGCUGGCUUUAUUCUGUACUCGGGACUCCUUUCAGAGAUUAACAUACAGACUGGGUCCCCUCCCGUCAAGAACAUUACAUUCGCCUACAAGUUCAAAGAGGAGGCACACAGAAACUGCGGACAACUUUUUAAGGAGUGCCGCAGUGUGGGACCCCAGCUUUCAUGCAUUGGGGUGUUUUAUGAUGAUCCUGAAAAGGUGUCGGGGCAGCGGUGUCGCUGUGUAGUGGGCAGUAUCCUGAGCGAGGGAGAAAGCAAGCCCAGUGAGGAGCUGCUGAAGUGCUAUGAGAAAUCUGGCUUUAGUAUCUUCUCUUUUCCAGAAGUGACACAUGUGGUCACUGCCUCCUUCCCCCAUAGGACGCUUUUUUCCAGCUUCCUAGGGGUAAGAAGAGUCUACCCACGUCUGGAGCACUACAUCAAGGAAAGGAGGCUGUGUGCACAUCCAUUCGUAGAGGUCUACAGGGGGGGUCAGAUCCAGUUCAUAGCCCCUUUGGCUCGCCAGGGAGAUUUUUAUGUACCUGAAGUCCGCCGGGUAGAAAGGAGGCUGUCGGUAUUAGAGGAUUCACACAGCGACUCGGAGGUCUCAGGUGCAGACAGCGAAUACUCCUUAGGGAGUGGGAUUCUGCUGUCAGACAGCAGAGAGACGUCCCGGGCCCCCUCCUCCAUCCACUCUGCAAUCUUCCAUGAUCAAGGGGGAAGAGAUUAUGGUGAGAGAAGCAGAGCGUCUUCACUGCAGGAGGUGGACUGGGAGCUCAACGGUGGACAGCGUGCAAGAGGAGACGAGCCGCAACAUGGAGCCUCGAGCCGUAAGAGGCUGGAUGUCACAGGUCAAGAGUGGGGGGUUGUAGCCGAAGGGGAGGAGUGAACUACUGCAGACAGGAAAGCGAAGCACAGCUGAAGAUGAAAAAAUAAUGAAUCGCAGCUCUAAGGGUUGAGAGGUGCAAAUGAAAAGAAAGUAUCUCAAUAUCUGUUCCUAUCUUAGGGGAAAUGUUAAUCUCUCCAUCACACAGUUUUACAGGGACAGUGUCAGAGACGGCUGGGGUUACGCUGUCAGAAAAUAGUCCACUUGAAAUACCUAUGGUAUCCUGAAUUCCUUGAAAUGUUUUUGCAUAUGUUAUGCUACUGUGAAAAUGGUAGUUGAGUAUUUGUUUUUCUCAGAAGAUUUUUGACUGACUUUUGUUCACUGAUAAUAUUUAAUUACUCUGGUUAAAAUGGUGAGGUUAAAGUUGUCUAAGAAUGGUCAAGUUGCUUGAGAACGAGAGUUGUUUUGCUGUAUUCAUGUCCUGUCAAAGGAUUAUUGCACGGACACACAAGGAAUUACGGGUGUUAGUUUCAGUGAUACUUGAUCAAUAGUUUACAAGGGGCCUUGAAGGUGCACAAUUGCAUCAAAGUGAGGACCAUUUAGACUCAACUGACAUGAAACAUGCAAUAAGAAUGAAAUCUGAUGGUUAAGUCUCCAUGACUCUCAUCAUUGAACCUGAGGGUGAGGACCUGUAAGACUUAGCUGACCAAAGGAAAGAGAAAAAAACAAACAUCAUUCUCAUCAAUCAACCCACGAUUGCACCACAGUGCACCUUUUGAUUCAGUAAAUCGAAAAUUUACAUUGGGCACAGGCAUCACACAGUUAUCGGAAUUAUUUUUCACAUUUCAUGUGUUUCAGUGUUUCAGUGUUACAGUAUAAAUGAUAACAUAAUGUAUGAGGAAGGCUCAAACAAACCUAUUGGUGAUUUUUAAUGUUCUCUCUGUCUUCUAAAUAAAGGUUUUAAUCUUAUA